AUGCUCAAAGUCGCCCAGCUCGAGACCCUCGCUGAGUUGCAGCAGACAGAGAUUGGAAUCCAGGCUGAGAAGAUUGAGAAAUUAGAGAAGCACCUUGGCAUGGAGCCUUCCGACAGCGGCGCCUCCAUGGCGCAGAAGACCUCCGAGAAGAGCAUGCAGCUGGUCCAGGCCACCUUGAAGCGGGUGGUGGAGAAGCAUGCGCGCCAGCGAGACACACGGCAGUACCAUCCGGCUGCCCACCGCCAGCAGCCCGAGGCUGAAGGGGAGGUCGAGUCGGAGGAGUCCGAGGAGCUGGAGGAAGACCCAGGAAGAGAAGGACCGGCCAUGCUCCAGAGCCGCGCAAAGGGCUUUCCGGGGGUGUUCAAAAAAGCUUGGGACGAAACUGGUGGAAAAGCAGUGGAUGGGUUGAAGAGGCGGGGGGCUGCUGAAGAGAGCGAAUUGAAUCCUGAACCCCUAAACCCUGCACCCCGAGUCACUAGUUCUCCCCCUGCAAGCCCUCCCUGA